CUCCGCACUCGCACAUUCAAUGCUGUGUGGUCUAAAGUCUGCAUACUACUUUAUCAUGAUGCUACGUCUUAUUCCCGAUUGUGACCAGACCUCCAACGGAGGCGGAUGGAUGAGGUUUUACUUCAAAUCUGGCCCCCGCACCUGCUUCAAAUACGACUUCAACUGGACCGGAGAAAUGAUCGGGUGUCUGGGGAUAUACAAUCUCACCGGGUUUGCAGUUAGCGACAACGAGACGACAAUUGACACAGAGAUGUCGUGGGUCCUCACCAACGGUUCCUGGGACUACGACAUGUUCCGUGAGUGUACUUUCAUCGAUUGCCAUGACUGGAAUCCUUUUCAGAUACCCAACGGUGACGUCAUGGCAAAUUUGGCCAACUGCAAAGCCCCGACAGGGGUAGCAUGGUCGACAGGUUAUCAGGGUAAGUUGGUAUCCAAAACGUGA